AUGGAUGAAUUGGUAGAGUGGUGUAGAGACGUUGGACGCGUAAAUGGCUACGCCCUCGUCACCAAACGCACCAUCUACGAUAAACAGGGUAGCGGUCAGCCGUUAAAAAUCAGGCUUACGUGCGAUUGUGCCGGCGAGUACAAAUCAACAGCCACGGUCAGACGCAGCGGGACCAGGAAAACCGGUUGCAAGUUCCAACUGAUCGGGGCAUACAAAAAGAGGUUAGGUUAUUGGGAACUAAAGGUUGAUGAAGCUAAACAUAACCACGAACCAUUUCUGUAUCCAGAGGGUCAUCCGUCCCUAAUGAGGCUGACUCCAUCAGAAGAGAGGACGGUGGAGCAAAUGACGCAUCAGAACAUAACACCACGAGACAUUCUUGCUGCCAUUAAAGAACAAAACCCCCAUAAUGUCUCAACAAGAAACACCAUAUACAACGCUCGGGCCAAAUUGGGUCGAAUGGAACAAGUCGGCGAGACUCCAAUGCAGAUACUUUUCGACCGGCUGGGGAAGGUUGGGUUUGUUUUUUACCAUAGAACAUCUCAAAACGGCGAACGGGUCGAGGAUGUUUUCUUCAUCCACCCGGAGUCGAACAUGUUGUGGCGCGCCUUCCCGCAUGUGUUGCUUAUAGACGCCACCUACAAGACGAAUCGGUACAAAAUGCCGCUAGUCCAGAUUACCGGCGUUACAUCCACGUUGAUGUCGUUUUGCAUUGCUCAUGCGUUCGUAAGCAACGAGAAACAGGAAAACUUCACAUGGGUUCUAUAG